AUGAGUGUCCCUCUACCACCUGGUGCAACUGGCUUGGAAAAUAUAGAUCCAGAUCAAAUCAAAACUUUCAAAGAUUUUUUAAUCUCCUACAACAAACUAACAGAACUCUGUUUUACUGAUUGUAUAUCGGAUUUCACUUCAAGGAGUAUCAAAGGAAAGGAAGAAAAAUGUGCUCUUAAUUGUCUUGAAAAGUUCCUGAAAGUUAACCAAAGGAUAUCCCAACGAUUCCAAGAAUUCCAAGUACUAGCUAAUGAAAGUGCAAUAGCUGCUGCACAGAAGAUGGGAGGUAGCUGA